AUGAAGGCCUCCAUGGUACUCUUCCUCCUUGGCUACCUCACGGACCCAAGUGGUGCUCGCGUCCUGGGGCGUUGCACGGUGGCUAAGAUGCUCUACAAAGGAGGCCUGGAUUAUUUUGAAGGUUACAGCCUAGAAAACUGGGUUUGCCUGGCUUAUUAUGAAAGCAAGUUCAACCCCUCGGCUGUGUACGAGAAUGAGCACGGUGGCUACUCUGGCUUUGGCCUCUUCCAGAUCCGUGAGGACCUGUGGUGUGAACAUGGCCGGAAUCUCUGUGCUGUGUCCUGCUCUGAGUUACUGAAUCCGAAUUUAAAGAAGACGAUUGAUUGUGUCAAGAAAAUCGUGAAAGGAAAAGAAGGAAUGGGCGCGUGGCCCACCUGGUCCCGGAACUGCCAGUUUUCUGAUACUCUUGCACGAUGGCUGGAUGGGUGCAAGUUGUAGCUCCAGGGGUCCUGCGACACUCAGAAGCCGCAUCUUGUGAUGGAAGUGCCUUCUCUGUUUGCUGCUUCA